AUGAGGACCUGCAGUCUCCUGCUCAUCAUUAUCGCCGUUGUUGAUGUGGCUUAUCCCGUUGCCACGUCCGCCCAAGUAGCAUGGUAUCCAAUUGGGGACGUCAACAAUGAACCGCACGUCCAAAAGCUCGGCGGGUGGGCAGUGGCGGAGCACGUCAAGCAGGUGCACGAUGGGCUCAAGUUCAUCAAGGUGAUGAGCGGUGAAAAGGCACCUGAUGCCGGUGUGAAAUAUCACCUCAUCAUCAAAGCAUUCAACAGCAACGACAAACCUGCUAGAUACGAAGCAUAUUUGGUUGAGGAGGCUAGGAGCAACACGCGCACCCUCAUCUUCUUUAGCCCCGUGAACUAA